AUGAGCAACCUCGACGCGAUCUGGAGUGAUCUCACCCAAUGGGAAGCUUCCAUGAAUGAAAAAGAUGCUCAGCUAGCACGCCAAAAGCCCAUUCACAAUCAGAAAUUACCACCUGUGCGAAAAGCGUCUGAAAUUGUGGUGAACGAUUCUCUCAAGCCAGCUGGUCUAGAGGCUCUAUCAAUGCGUACACGUCCAAUGGUAGAAGAAAAGGGCAAAGCACCAGUGAAUAAGGGCAAAGAGCCAGCAUCUGGGCCACGGAUGAAGCCUAGUGAAAAGGCAAUGCUUGAAAAGGACAAGGGCAAUGCAUGUUUCCAGAAACAAGAUUUCAAGGCCGCCAUCACUCAUUACACCAAAGCCAUUGAUUUCGAUCCGAGCAAUGCUGUCUUUUUUAUCAAUCGUGCCAUGGCUUAUUUGAAAUUACAAAUGUACCUGGAAGCAGAGCAGGAUUGUACUCGUGGUUUGAAUUUACAUCCAACCAAUGUCAAGGCAUUAUGGCGGCGUGGUAUUGCUAGAAGAUCAUUAGGUCGAGUAACGGAAGCGAGAAAUGACCUUACGAAGGCGUUGGAAAUCGAACCUAGCAACAAGUCUGUCAAGGAUGAAUUGAGCAAACUACCUGUCCCCACGCCAAAGAAAGAGGAAAAGCCCAAGAUCGAGAGGAAACGACUCCCUAUCAAGAUUGUGGAUGAAGCAUACCCAGAGACGACGAAUACUGUAAAGAAACAGGCAGUGACACCACCACCCAAGCAAACACCAACCCCAUCAAAAGAGCCAGCAGUGCAAGCCACGCCUUCACAAAAUCAACCACCACCACCACCGCCACCAUCAGCAACCAAGACGACCAAGUCACCAACAAAGAGUGAAGGAACCAAGCCAUCGUUGACGUUAUCGCCCAUAUCAUUCAAUCCACCCAAGACCAAUAUCGAAUUUGAAAGGGAUUGGAAAGCAUGCCGACAACGUGGAAUGGAUACGUUGUAUCAAUACUUUCAGUGCAUUCCUCCUUCCAGCUAUGAAUCCCUUUUCCGCUCAUCACUCGAGUCUGAUCAAUUUGAGCAAAUGAUUGAUCUUUUGGAGACGCGUUAUACAAAGGAUAAAUCCAACAAUGAGAUUUGCAACGUUUUGGAAGGCUUGACCAAAGUUCGGCGGAUUGACAUGCUUGUCAUGUUCCUGGAUAGGAAGCAUAAAUCAGCAUUGGAAGGUCUUAUCAAGAGCCUAAAGGGAUCUGUGGACGAUAGCACAUUAGCAAAACUUUCAAAAGUAUACGACGUCAAAUUAUAA